UUCUGUUUCUUUGUCUCUUGUCUUUCUUGUCUUUCUUCUUUCUUGUCUUUCUUCUUUCUUGUCUUUCUUCUUUCUCCUUUUUUCCUUUCUUUCUCCUGUUCAGUGUUUACUGUCCCUGUUUACUUCCCUGUCCCCUCCAGAUGGCCAUUCAGUCAAAACCCCCCGGCCAGCCAAACGAUGCGCCAACUGACACAGAAGACAACAACGACAGCAACGACAGCAACGACCAGAACGCAGAGCAAUCUCCUGCCCAGCCCAAGAAAUCAUGGCGCUUUUGGGCCGUCUUCCCAGCGCUCUGCGUGACGACCUUCCUGGCCGCCCUGGACACGUCCAUCCUGUCGACGGCGCUGCCCACCAUCGCCCUCGACCUGCAGGCCGGCGAGCUGUACAUGUGGAUCACCAACUCGUACAUUCUGUCGUCGACGGUGGUGCUCCCUCUCUUCGGGCAGACGGCCAACAUCUUCGGCCGCCGCUGGAUGAUGAUCAGCUCGGUGGUUGUCUUUGCUAUUGGCAGUGGCAUGGCCGGCGGUGCUAAUAAUAUCAGCGCCAUCAUCGCCGGACGUGCUAUCCAGGGCAUCGGCGGCGGUGGCAUCAAUGUGCUUGUUGAUACUGUGAUCUGCGACCUCGUCCCCCUCCGCCAGCGAGGCCAGUACGUCGCCCUGAUGGCCUCCGUCUGGGCUGUCGGUACUACUAUCGGGCCAGUUCUUGGUGGUGCCUUUGCCCAGCACGUCUCCUGGCGCUGGGUCUUCUAUAUAAAUCUCCCCCUGUGUGCUGUCUCUCUCAUCCUGCUCAUCCUCUUCCUCCGCGUCACCCACCCCCCCAGACCCCCUAAUACCUCCAUCUGGACGCAGUUCACCCGCGUCGACCUCCUCGGAAACGCCAUCCUCACUACUGCUGUCGUCGCCAUCCUGCUCGCCCUGACCUGGGCUGGAAGCGCCUACCCCUGGUCCUCCUGGCGUGUUCUCGUCCCUUUCCUGCUCGGUCUCGUCGGCGUUGCCCUCUUCCUCGCCCACCAGGCCUCACGCUUCUGCCCCGAACCCUCCAUCCCGCUAAAGCUCUUCAAAAGCUCCACCGCCAUCUGCGCCCUCUGGAUCGCCUUCCUCCAGAACCUCCUCCUCUACUGGAUCGGCUAUUUCCUGCCAGUCUACUUCCAGGCCCUCCGCAACCUCUCCGCCACAUCCUCCGGCCUCGCCGUCCUCCCCAUCACCGGCGCAAUCGCCCCCUCCGGCAUCGUAACAGGCAUCCUCCUCGCAAAGACAGGGAAAUACCGCCCCUUCCACUUCCUCGGCGCAAUCCUCAUAACCGUUGGCGUUGGUCUCUUCUCCUUGCUCGAUGAUAAGUCCCCCGCCCGUGAGUGGGCCGGCUUCCAGGUCCUGUACGGUAUCGGCUCUGGUAUGAUCUUCUCAUCCACUCUCCCGCCCAUCCAGGCUGUUCUCCCUGAAUCCGACGUCGCCACAGCCACUGGCACAUGGGCAUUCAUGCGCAGCUUCGGGUGUAUCUGGGGGAUCGCAAUCCCGACUUCAAUAUUCAACACGCGCGUCCAGGCCGGGUUGAGCCGCGUAAGUGACCCUGUCAUCAGGGCGAUGCUAGGCGGCGGGGGCGCGUAUGCCGUUGCGAGUGAAGGCCUGGUGCGCAGUUUGGCGGAUCGGCCUGUGCUACAGGGCGAAGUGCUGGGGCUGUAUCAGGAUGGGCUGCGGUGGGUGUGGUUGAUGGGGAUUGUGUUUGGGGCGCUGGGGUUUGUGCUGGCGCUGCCGGUUAGGGAGGUUGGGUUGAGGGAGGAGCUGGAGACGGAGUUUGGCUUGCGGGAGAGGAGGGAGUAGACUGUAUAUUUUCAAUAAUUUUAGAUAGCUAGUAGACUGCCCAUAGCCCUAGGUAAUUAAUUAACUUAAACCUUGGGGCAGGUUUGUACUCCAGUUAUAAGCAGGCGAAGACUAGCUACUUUCACUAUAACAGUCCUGCUAGAGUAUUAUACAGGUAGGCCCUGCUUCUUUCCAAGCAUACGUGUUUGUCAUAUUAUAUUUACAAACUCUCUUGAUAGAUAUAAUUCCCUGCCUCCUGAGGCAGGGUAUUAUAGGCCUACUAUUACUAUAUUUCCCACUAAGCUAUAACUCUAGACAUAA